AUAUAUUUAUUACAGCAUUAACGUUCUAUGUUGACAUGAUUAUUUAUUUUUUUGAGACGGAGGCUUGCUCUUGUCCCCCAGGCUGGAGUGCAAUGGCCAUGAUCUUUCAGGAGGCAACUUCUGCCUCCUGGGUUCAAGCGAUUCUCCUGCCUCAGCCUCCCGAGUAGCUGGGAUUACAGGUGCGUGCUACCAUGCCGGCUAAUUUUUUUGUAUUUUUAGUAGAGACGGGGUUUCACCAUGUUGGUCAGGCUGGUCUCGAACUCCUGACCUCAGGUGAUCCGCCCACCUAGGCCUCCCAACGUGCUGGGAUUACAGGCGUGAGCCACUGCGCCCAGCCGACAUAAUUAUUUUAUAACAUUUCCUCCCAUCAAAAAUCUUUGAGGGAGAAUAUCUCUUACUGAAGUUUUGGUAAAAAACCUUGAAGUCUGUAAAUUUGGGGUGACAAAGAGGAGACAAUUCUUUGUGAUGUAUACCUCCUGACAUACUAUGUUGUUCUAUUGAGAAAGUCUGAAGACAUAAUUUCCAGUUCUAAAAGUGCAAGGAAAAGAUUCAUUGCUUCCUCUGCUCCCUACCAGCUGAAGGAGCAAUCUCCUUUUGUCUUCUGAAAUAAAAAGGAGGAGGCAAAGGGUGUUAGAGUGGAGGGUUUUUUAGGGGAUUAAACCCGGGUACUUCAGAACCUCUGAGGUCCCUUUAGCUUUUAUUUAAGUAGCUCCUGUUUCCCAAAAUAAGAGGGCUGGAGCACAGAGGUCAGACGGGCCAACUUAGGGUACAGCACAGGUCGGGGGCAGUCGCCUGAUCUGGAUCGAGAGGCACCCGCAUUCUGCAGGUGCAGGGACUGUGAUCCAGCACCCUGCCGCCUCGCCGCUCCGGCUCCCAAGAGGGCGGGAACCGCGGUGUUGCAGGGUGCGGGGCUUGGCUUCGGAAAGGCAGAUCAAGUGUAUUUCAGGCGGCAGACAUCAAUCCAGUUGGGUGCUCACACCUGGCCCGGGGGAGGGGAAACAGCAUCCAUAGGAACCACGGGGCGGAGAGGAACCCCUAGUUUGGGACGCUAGAGGGCUGCUCCGGCUUGACUAGGUCCGACUGCUUUUCUGUGAUUGCUUCUUUAUCCCGCCCAUCAUCCCAGUGCUCUAUCUCGAUUGGCUUUUCGGUCUGCCACUCGGUUCCGCCGCGCUGACCCCCAUUGGCCCCCUCCAGUUGAGGCCCCGCCCCCCGAGCUGGGCACGGGCACUGGGGCGCCGAGGAGACAGAGCCCGGCGCUUGAUCUGGGCUGGGGGGAGGCGGUGGCGGCUGAGGGAAGGAGGAGGAUAAGGAGGAGGAACGAGGCCAGUAGGAGGCAACGGCAGCGACGGGGCCGGGGUGAUGGUGCAGGUGCCUGGGGUCGGUGCGGAGCUGCCAGGCUGAGGGACGCCUGGUCCAGGGUCCGCAGCGCCGCCGCGUCGCUCCGGGGCGGGCGGGCGGGAAGAUGCUGAGCAGGUUGAUGAGCGGCAGCAGCAGGAGCCUGGAGCGCGAGUACAGCUGCACCGUGCGGCUGCUGGACGACAGCGAGUACACCUGCACCAUCCAGAGAGAUGCCAAAGGCCAGUACCUGUUUGACCUUCUUUGCCACCAUCUGAACCUACUUGAGAAAGACUAUUUUGGUAUCCGCUUUGUAGACCCAGAUAAGCAGCGGCAUUGGCUGGAAUUUACAAAGUCUGUGGUGAAACAAUUGAGAUCCCAGCCUCCAUUCACCAUGUGCUUCCGUGUGAAGUUUUAUCCUGCAGACCCUGCUGCUCUGAAAGAAGAAAUAACCAGGUAUUUAGUCUUCCUACAGAUCAAAAGGGAUCUCUACCAUGGCCGACUCCUCUGUAAAACAUCGGAUGCUGCCUUGUUAGCAGCUUACAUCCUUCAAGCGGAGAUUGGGGAUUAUGACUCAGGGAAACACCCUGAAGGCUACAGCUCCAAGUUCCAGUUUUUCCCUAAACAUUCAGAGAAGCUGGAAAGGAAAAUUGCCGAGAUUCACAAGACAGAACUCAGUGGUCAAACACCAGCAACAUCAGAGCUGAACUUCUUAAGAAAAGCACAGACAUUGGAAACAUAUGGAGUGGAUCCUCACCCAUGUAAGGACGUGUCAGGAAAUGCUGCAUUUCUGGCCUUCACUCCUUUUGGGUUUGUUGUUCUUCAAGGAAACAAGAGGGUCCACUUCAUUAAAUGGAAUGAGGUGACCAAGCUGAAAUUUGAAGGAAAGACUUUCUAUUUAUACGUAAGUCAGAAAGAGGAAAAGAAAAUUAUUCUUACAUAUUUUGCUCCAACUCCUGAAGCGUGUAAGCACCUCUGGAAAUGUGGAAUCGAGAACCAAGCCUUCUACAAGCUGGAGAAGUCAAGCCAAGUCCGCACAGUGUCCAGCAGCAAUUUAUUCUUUAAAGGGAGCCGGUUCCGAUACAGUGGCCGAGUUGCAAAGGAAGUCAUGGAGUCAAGUGCUAAGAUCAAACGGGAGCCACCGGAAAUACACAGAGCAGGGAUGGCUCCCAGCCGGAGCUGUCCCUCCAUAACCCAUGGCCCAAGGCUGAGCAGCGUCCCCAGGACCCGCAGAAGAGCUGUUCACAUCUCCAUCAUGGAAGGCCUAGAGUCCCUACGGGACAGUGCCCAUUCCACGCCAGUGCGUUCCACUUCCCAUGGGGACACCUUCCUGCCUCACGUGAGAAGCAGCCGGACAGAUAGCAAUGAGCGAGUAGCUGUGAUUGCAGACGAGGCCUACAGCCCUGCAGACAGCGUGCUGCCCACCCCUGUGGCUGAGCACAGCCUGGAGCUGAUGUUGCUUUCCCGGCAGAUCAAUGGAGCCACCUGCAGCAUUGAGGAGGAGAAGGAAUCUGAAGCCAGCACCCCAACUGCUACAGAGGUGGAGGCCCUUGGGGGAGAGCUGAGGGCCCUGUGUCAGGGGCACAGCGGGCCCGAGGAGGAACAGAGUGGGCAUCUGAAGGGACCACCGCUACAGCAGCAGCAGCAGCAGGGGUGGGGUAAGUCUGUCCCCUUAGUCUAGAGCCUAGUGGGCAUCACCAUAGUUUUGUAUAAUGAAACUAGACUUAACGUGAUUUUUUUUUUCUGAAGAACCUCAAGACUUUUAUAGUGAUCCAGGGGCGUUAAACGAAUUCAGCGGUACCAGAGAUAGUUCUGUCAGAAAUGUUGGACAAAGUGUAGUUAAGACAAAGCAGAGUUAAGUUACCUGAAAGACUGUUGAGAUUUGGAGAGCAGUGCUUAUUUUAUAUACACCCCCUUGACCCAAAGACUAUUUCAAUUUAUAUUUUAACAACAAAAUGUUAUUUUCUUAACAAUUCAUAUUUUGUUUUUACUUUAUGGAUUAAGAAAAUAGAGCCUGAUGAACUAAAAGAUGCAAGAAAGAAACUGACCCUGAGAAUGAAAAGCUUCAGAAAAUAGAAUUCCAAGAUCAACAGCCUUAGAAGGGACCAGGAAAAGAAUCUUUUAAAAUAGAUUUCUAAGAGAUGCCCACAAAACACAGAAUGUGACCGUGGCAGAGACCAACACUUUUAGAUAUAGAAAUGCUGCCCCCUAGGGUCAUCCUCUGCAUAAGUUCUAGGAAAGCAUCACCAUCCUUGCAGAGGGAAGUCCUGGAAGCACGUGGAAGCACACAGAAGCACAGGCAUAUGAAGGGCGAGUGUGGGGUCCUAGGCCCAAGCUCUUCAACUCUAAAACCAAUCACACACAAGAUCCUGUUUUCAUCUCAGGGAGAGAUUUCUAAGUCAUCUGGGGCUUGAGGGCUUAUUUAAGGGUGGUCAAUGGACAUAUUCCUGGACCCACACAAAAGUAGAGUAGCUGCUGAUACCCUAAUUGGACAGCCCCAAACACAGAACAGAACGAGUCACUUGUAGACUUGACCUCCCCUAUUUUGUCCCCUGAGAUGGUAGAACCAUGUCCAUGUUUACAAUAUGACAACUGUGGAAUAAUUGGGGUUGUUAGGGAGAGAUUUGCAUAAUUUUAAAGACAUCCUUUCAUCUGGACCAGAGGUCAAUAAACUUAUGUAAAGUGCUACACAGUAAAUAUUUUGGUUUAGCACGCCAUACUCUGUCACAACUGCUCAAUUCUGCCAUCACAGCACAAAAACAGCCAUAGAUAAUUUGUAAAUGAAGGAACAUGGCUGCGUUCCAAUAAAACUUUAUGAAAACAGUGAGCUGAAUUUGGCCUACAGGCCAUAAUACACCAAUCCUGCUCUAGACAAUAAAACUGAUCCUACCAGUAUGUUAGCAGAAGAGGGUCAGUCAGCUCUGUUUCCAUGCCUGACAUGUAUCAAAGAUCUGGGACCUCUUCCCAGUGGAGGCACCAGGGUUGCUUGUUUAAAGGGUGCUUGAACAACUAACCAGCAAAGAGAUGUCUGAUGCCAAAUGGGCAAGAUCAAAUACUGGAAUGCUAAAACACAGCUGGAAUAUAAGAAGAGAAGAGGGCUUCUCUGACCAUUUUCAUACCAGCAACAAUUUAGGCAGAAUUAUAAACAUCUAUUUAUCGAGUGACAAUACAAACCGAAGGAGAUCCUAGUAGAGAUUAGGGGUCAGUUAAAAUCAACUAGCCACUGCCAUUUGUCAUCUACAUAGCAAAGGCUUUAUUUAGCACAGGACUAACGUGAAAAGUAGACCCAGAGAUGAAAAGGCUGUCAGGAGACAGGGGGCUGGUGUCCACCUGGAUAUCUACUGUCUUAUGCAACAUAGAAGAUUACCUUUUAGUGUAGUGCUCCUACCUCAGUUUGUAGAAUCUGGUGUUUCUAUGCAGUGAGUGAUAGCCUCAACUCUGACCUUUCAUAUUCACAUUAGAGACAGAUGCAGUAUUCCAUAUCCUAGUAUGUUCCUUGUGUCUAGAGUUCUAACAGUACAGUAGUCUAUGCCAUUUCUAACAGCUAAAUUUUGCUCUCUAAACAGAAACUUUAGGGUUGUUUUUUUCCAGGGCUCAUCCCAGAAAAAUAUGGAUAGAGAAGUUUCCUUCAGUUUGCUUUUCAAAUAGUGCUUGAAUAAUAAACCUCCUUUGAUUGGUGACUAGUCUUUUUUGGUAUAUCUCCACCAUUAAAAAUUGUUCAAGUUUUUAACCUGGUUAUAUUGUGUUCUAACAUGUCUCUCAUUUUCUCUCAAAAUUAUUUUAUCUCAUUGUAGAAAAAGCAAUGGUUUUCAUAGCUUCAUCUAUCAGAGGAAAUAAAACUCUUACUAAAGAAUAGCAUACUGCAUCUUUAAGCAGUAGAGGGUAAACUACCUGCAAAUGUGAAUUUCUUAGAUUCAUUUAAAAAUAUAUAGUUGUUAACCUUCUGUGUGCCAAAAACUCUUAAGUUACAUUUUCCUUCAAAGCAAUGUACUUUUUUCUACAUAUGCAUUAUGUAGUUAGCAUAAAAUCAUUGGUGCCAUGAAGAUUAUUUUUAAACUUAAAUAAAUAUUUAAAUAUCAUGGAAGAGUGGGCUCUUUCUUUAAUAAUAGCCUGUCUUACUUUUCCUCCCUUAAAGUUACUAACACAUAGAUAAAAGGAUACCGGUGGGAUUUACACAGCUGACUACUAUUCACUUGGAUCAUAUAACAUAAUUAGUUUGCUUGUAUCUACCUAUUAUCCUGUCCUUACCCCCAAAUAAAUACUGUUAGAAACUGAGAAGCGGCCAGGCGCAGUGGCUCACGCCUGUAAUCCCAGCAUUUUGGGAGGCCAAGUUGGGAGGAUCAUGAGGUCAGGAGUUCAAGACCAGCCUGACCAACGUGGUGAAACCCGUCUCUACUAAAAAUACAAAAAUUAGCCAGGUGUGGUGGCGGGCGCCUGUAAUCCCAGCUACUCAGGAGGCUGAGGCAGGAGAAUCGCUUGAACCUGGGAGGCAGAGGUUGCAGUGAGCUGAGAUCACACCACUACACUCCAGCCUGGGUGACAGAGCAAGACUCCAUCUCAAAAAAAAAAAAAAAAAAAAACUGAGAAGCUAUAAAUGUAAUAAUUUUAAAGUGAAUUGGACAUUUUUCUGAUGAGGAAAACCAAGAAAGCUAAGUGAGUUUCCCAAGAUUACAUAGUGGUAGAGUCCAAACUAGAACCCAGAUGGUCCACCUUCUGGUCUGGUGUUCUUACUCAAGCCUGGAGUAAGUGGGAGCACAGAAAAUACUUUCUAAGAAGGAACUACAAUGAUACCACCACCACAUAUUUACAAAAUAUGUCCCUAUAGCAUUAUCUCAUCUGAUUAUGUAACCAUCACUCUGUGGCUACAGAAUUGGAAAUGGUCUUCUAAAUUCCAUGAGGAUAAGAGGUGACAAUGGGGGCUUGGUCCACUGUGCUAGCUUUUUACCUAAUCUUUGUCUUCUCAAUUCUGCCUGCCCUCCACUCUCCCAUUUCUGUUGCCAGAUCAUCUUCCUAAACACCAAUCAGGCUAUGUUACCUCCAAAUUUCAGAGGUACCCACUACCUAUAAAAUGCUAUCCAGCACCCUAUCCCCAGCGGAAGUUUUUGUAUGUUUUUAUGACAUAAGAUUUUGCUUGAAGUGAUCCAAAGAGUAAAAAGCACAAGAAACACUGGACCUGGGUGGCUUCCCAUGGCCCUGCCGAUUCACAGCAGCCUCCCUUCUGCUGACAGCUUAUCAAGAACUGCCUGUGCACACACCCCUGUAGGACUCUAGUCCCUACUCCCUCUGCUUUGGGUUCCUCUAGCACAAUCUAGCUCCUCUGCACCUGAACACACUUUUGGUUUUAGCUCAUGAACAGGUUUCCUCUUCAGACCCCUACGACCUGCUGAUGGAAUUGAAGUAAAACAAGCAAAGCACACUUUUAAUAAAUUUCCUCUUGCCCAGUUUCCAUUUUGGGGAAAAUGUAUCAUAAAAUGUUUUGUUCUUCAGCCCUGUGUAAUUGUACUAAAUGUUAUCUUCCUCAUAAAUUCUACCUUUUCAUUUGAAAAUCCAAAUAUUUACAGCCAAAUGAGUCAAAAUACAAUCUGCUGUCUUGGUAUUUCUAGCCAUCAACACCCUACUAAAAAGCAGGGGGAAAUAUACUAAGUCAGAAAGGACCGCCCAAUAGGACAUCGAAGUUUUUGGAAUCUGAAGUUAGAGGGCAUGUAUUUCCUCUUCUCAGAUUGAUUCAGAAGGCAUGUGUGUCUUCUCCCCCACUCUACCCCAUGUACUGUACAUUGGCUGAAAGGAUUUAAAUCCUUGUAUCCAUAGCCCUAAGGCUCCCUGUUUUCCUGGAGAACUCCCCUUGCAAAAUCUUCUUGGUGGAAAGGAAGCUCAAAGACCAGAAUACUAAAAUAGGACUUAAGCAACUCAGAUUCUAUUAAUUCCUAAUCAUUUGUGGUCUCUCCUAGUCUGACCAAGUCUCUGACAACCGAAAAUGAGAAUUGUCUGCUCCUUCCUUAAAAGUUACAUAGCAAAAGGCUGGGUAUCUUUAAAAAAAAAAAAAAAAACUCAAACGGAAUUCAGAGCUUAAGAGAUAUCAUAAAGGCCAAACUUAGAGAAAAGGCUUAUCCCGAAGGAGGCAAUCAUAAUACACACAUAAUUACAGAAGCCACACAGCUGUAGGCAAGUCUAUGGGAGAAGUACCUUUCACUACAGAUUACAGUGUAAGAAUGUCCCAAGGGAGACAAUUUUCUUUUAUGUGCUGUCUAGAUUUAAACAAUUACUCCAUUAGAAAGCUUAUCACCAACAACAACAACAACAAAAGUCCCUACUCAUUCUCCUUCCUUCCUGCAUUGCCUGAAGAUAUAACUCUAUUAAGUGUAAUUGAAUAUAAAUAGCACUGUUUAUGAAGCUACAAUGGCAAAAGAAACCACAAAAGUGAGAAACAUCAAGAAUUUGCUAACAUUUAUUGAAGAGCCCAGACAAUUACUGCCAAGUAUUCAAAGCUUAAAUGAUGGUACUAAUUUGAUUGAGAGUAGUUUUCAGCAUCUUUAAAAACAAAAACAAAAACAAUUCCCAUAGAACUAACCACUCUAGAACCCAUGAGAUUAAUUGGUAUAGAAAUGAAAAAGGGAGCCUAAAGCCUUUACAAUGUUUCCUGAACAGUUUAAUUAUAACUCAACCUCACCUAGCUUUUCUUUCCCUUUAUAAAUUAACAUUUCCAUCUCACUUGUCAAUUCUUCUACUUAUAUCAACUAGAAAAUAGAGAACUAUUGCUUAUAAACACCUAAACCUAUUUAAAAACUAAACCUUUUUACACUUAGAUUACAGAGAAAAUUAUUUAGAAAUUGGUUUUCAAGGAAAUUGUGUAUCACUGUAUUUCUCUGAUGUACAAUUAUGGGAAAAUAAUCCUCUUAGAAUUCAAACAUAUAGCCAAAGCCAUUUUACAAGUCUUUCAGUAUUUGGCAAUGAAGAAUAAUGAAAAAAGUUGGAUAGAUGUCACACAGUAAUAUGAGUAACUGAUUUGGCAGCUCCCCUCCCAACAACAAACACAUUGAAAUUACCAUAACUUCUGAAAAGAAAACAUUUUGAUAAGAUACCAAAAGUGGUGAGUAUUUCAUAGUAUUCCCCCAAAUUUGAGUAAGAAUGAAGGUAUUCACUUAACAGGCUAUUGAAUUUCCUUUGGACAGUUUAAAGAUCGGGACAGGUAAGCCUAGGGCCUUCUUCAUUCUAAGGAGUAGCUUUAACUUCUUUAUCCAUUACCCAUGCUACUACAGUAAUAAAAUGUAUAUAUAUAUUUUACAUCAGAAUAUAAAUAAACAUAUAUACCUACAAAUAUAUAUGCAUAUGUAACUAAGUUUUACCAAACAAUACUUACUCAGAUAUAUUUUCUGUUCUUUACAAAUUCUUUCCUUUUCAUUUUUUUCAACACCAGUCAUUGUCAUUCAACUGAUUUCAUGUGAAGAGCAAAAACCCAGUCUGAAAAACACAGGUCUGAGGCAAUCUUAUACUGGAAUGCCGGGACCAGGACAGAUCCCAACCCUGUGCUUGGGAGUCCUGCCUGUGUCUCAGGAGCCAUCUAGAGGAAAGGGAAAAUACAGACAGACCCAGACCCAGACCCCACCCUGGGUAAACCAAAGCUGUUCAGCAAUUAUCUUGGCAUUUCACAUAAGACUUAACCUACA